AUGAAGACAUUACUGACAGCGUUAUUCGCUACCCAGUGCCUGGCUUAUGUUGCCAAGCCUCACCAAUAUGAAGCAGCAUGUCGCAAGACAACAGUAGCCAUCUUAGGUGCUGGCAUGGCAGGCAUAUCAGCUGCGCAAGCCCUCGCAAACGCUAGCAUCACAGACUUUGUGAUCAUAGAGUACCAAGAUCGCAUUGGCGGUCGCGUUCAUGCCGUAGACUUUGGCAAGAAAGCCGAUCAAUCGCCCUACAAGGUCGAGCUGGGCGCCAAUUGGGUGCACGGAACUGAAGGCAUAGCUAUCAACCCGAUCUGGACAUUGGCACAGAAGUAUGACCUGAAGCAUGGGAUCCAGAACUUCAGCAACAUACUCAACUACAACGAGACGGGCCUCAUCGACAUUACUUACCUCUACGAAGAGUUCGAGGAGGCCGCCGAGCAGGCGGCAAUCAACGCUGGUGCCCUUCUUGAAGGGAACCACCCUGAUCAAACGGCGCGUGCCAAUCUUGCACUUGCUGGAUGGAGGCCCGAUGUCGAUGAUGCUGCAGCUGGCCUUGUGGAGUGGUUCGGAUGGGACUUCAACGAUGGAGUUGCGCCCGAAGUUGAUUCUGCCACCUUCGGCUUCACCGCAGAGAACUUGACAUAUGGCCUUUUCGGUGACAGCGAAGCACUCAUCGUCGAUUCGCGAGGCUAUAGCGCCAUUAUCAGCGGCGAGGCAUCAACCUUUCUGCAAGAGAACGAUCCUCGUCUCCUCCUCAACACGAUUGUCACGAACAUAUCACACUCUGAGGAUCGUGUCACAGUCUACAGUGACGAUGGAAGCUGCAUCAGCGCCGCUUAUGCCAUCACCACAUUCUCGCUCGGGGUCCUCCAACACGACAGUCUGCACUUUGCACCAGCACUGCCAGAGUGGAAGGAGACAGCAAUCCAGUCCUUCGGCAUGGCGACCUACACCAAGAUCUUCCUACAGUUCAACACAACCUGGUGGCCUUCUGAUGUCGAGUUCUUCGGCUACGCUUCGCCGACAACACGAGGAUACUAUCCCAUGUUCCAAUCUCUUGACGUUCCUGGCUUUUUGGAAGACUCUCACAUGAUGUUCAUGACGGUCACGGAGCACCAAGCCUAUCGUGCAGAACGACAAACUGACGAGGAAACAAAGGCUGAGAUCAUGGAAGUGCUGCGAGAGAUGUUUCCAGCUAUCGAGGUUCCCGAUCCAGUCGACUUCAUGUAUCCGCGCUGGACGCUGGAGCCCUGGGCGCGAGGGAGCUACUCGUACUGGCCGCCUACUGUCGGGCUGCAGAUGCAUCAGAACCUUCGAGCAAAUGUCGGCAGAUUAUUCUUCGCGGGAGAGCACAUUAGUGGCCAGUUUUAUGGCUACCUCCACGGUUCAUACUUCUCUGGCAGAGAGAUGGGCGAACGAGUUGCUGGCCUGUUGGGCGGAAAGUGUCGGGGAAGUGCUGGUGAACCAGAUGCCGAGGCUUGCGGGGAGCUGGUGAGGUACGAGGUUCUGUCUGGUGUUACGCCGAAGGACGAGUAUGAUACCGAGAAUGGCUGGCCCGUGACUAGCGUGGCUAUCGAGGUUAUGGAGGGCGGAGAUGCGUUGGGUAAUCCUCUCGUUGCCUGA